UGACCAUUUGGUCCAUAUUUUCUUACAUGUCUCUCACAUUUAUCCUUGUAAUUAAGGUCCACGCCAGUUGAUUUUGAACAAUAGUUAACAUGCCUCUUUAAAUAUCUCGAUCUCUAGUUCUAACCUUUCGACUAACUUUUAUUUUAUCAUUUUAGUCAAAGUUUUUAUUUGGAAUAUUCGAUAGAUGGCCGGAACUUUAGAUGAGACGUCUCGAAGUUUUGAACGUAUUGAAAAGGAGAUUGCUCUUGAAGCUUUAAAUUCUACAGCAACCCCAGUAGUUCCAGAUUCUUCAGCGACCCCACAUUCAUCGCUUUUUGCGCCUCUGAUUAUACCAAAUUUCAAACAAGCGGAUCCAAAUCCUCCUUUGUUUCACAGCACUCCUCAACAACAAUUUGGGAAAAUGCAAAGGCCUGGACUCUAUAACAAUCUACGAACUCCUGGAGGUCGUGCUUUCUCUCCAAUUACAGAAGAGGGUCGAGAUGAUUUGGACAGACUUGUCUCGGAUGUGAUUAAACUGCGUGGUGAUGCAGGCGACAAAAUUGUUCAAAAUUUGGCUGCUCAAUUAAGAAAUAUGAUUGCUAAAUGGGACGUGGCUCAAGCGAGGCAUAGACAAGUGGCCAAAAUUUAUUUUGGACGGCAACAGGAUGAUUUGAAUGCACAGUGGGAAAAACUUAAUUCAGAGAGGGCAAAAUUUCAACAAGAAAAAAGCGAUGAAUGGGCAAAGAUUGCAUCUGUUCGUAGUGGUCUUCAACGAAAUAAAGAUAUUGCAAAUGCUAAAAAAGAUUCCGAUACAAUAAAACAUUUGGAAUUACAGGUUUAUUAAUAAAAAUUAUUAACAAUAAGUACAACGUUUGAUUUAUAGAGUUUAAGAUUAAUUAUUUUAAAAAUUCAUUCGAAUUCCAAUUCUGGUAUUUUUGAGAUUCCACAAAAAUUCUGACAUUUUAUAAAAUUAAGCAACUUUUUAGAGUGAGUCUAAGGCAUUUUUGGAUUAUCAUAUUGGUAGAUUCGCAUUUCGUUUUAUUUUUAGGGAUUUCUUUAGAGAAGUACAUUGUUAGAGGCGUUCACCUUACGUACAUUUUUCAGAUUUU